ACACUGCUUUCCAGCCAAUUGCCUCAUCCCAUCUGUGUGUUAGCCUGAACUUGAAGAUGCCUCAGUUGCUGGGAAACAUCGAUGGGAUCAUCCAGGCCUUCAGCCGCUAUGCCAGGACUGAGGGUGAUUGUACCACACUGACCCGUGGGGAGCUCAAAAAGCUCCUGGAGCAGGAGCUCACAGAUGUCAUUGUGAAACCUCAUGAUCCUGCUACAGUGGACCAAGUCUUUCGCCUACUGGAUGAAGAUUCCAAAGGGACCGUGGAUUUUAAGGAGUUCCUUGUGUUAGUGUUUAAAGUGGCACAAGCUUGCUACAAGACACUGAAUGAGAGUCCUGAAGGAGCUUGUGGAAGUCAAGAGCCAGGAAGUCAGCAUCCGGGAAGCACCCAGGGGAUGAGAGGUGAUCCGAGCAGUCACACUGGAACAGGAAGAGUUGAGAGAGAACAAAACCAUAAUAGGCAUGGAGGAGAAGAGCAGACAUUCUCAGAACAAAAUAGCAACAACCUGACCACAGGGACUCAGACUCAGGGACAAGACUUCACUUCUACUCAAGUGUGUGACCAGGAUAGGCAGCCUGAAACUGAGAGACACGAGAGAGGGAGCCAACAGACUGGAGACAAAACUGAUGGGCAGAGACAGACUCAGACAGGCACCACUCAGACCAGAGAGGAAGGCAGAACCCAUCAGGCAGGGGAGACCAUUACUGGAGGUCAGUCUCAGAUUCACACUGGAACCACUCAGAUCAGGGAAGAAGGCAGAACCCAUCAGACAGGGGAGACUGGGACUGGAGGUCAGUCUCAGAUUCACACUGGAACCACUCAGGCCAGAGAGCAAGGCAGGACCCAUCAGACAGGAGAGACCAUUACUGGAAGUCAGUCUCAGAUUCAUACCGGAACCACUCAGAUCAGGGAUCAAGGCAGGACUCAUCAGGCAAGGGUAACAGUGACUAGAGGUCAAUCUCAGACAGGGAUCACUCAGACCGGGAAUACUGUAACCCAACAAUGGGAAACUGGCUAUGGCCAGACUAGAGGCACAGAGUCCCAAGGACAGGACAGGGGCCAGAUAACAAGAGAAACAGUGUUAGGGGGACAGACUCAAACUCAAACAGGGGAACGGGCCCAGACCCAGACAGGAGGUAGUCAGGGAUGGGGCCAAGAAAGGAGCCAACAAACAAGAGAACCAGUGCUGGGGGGCCAAGGUCACACCCAGAUGGAGAGCUCUUUGUCUGGGAGACAGGGCUGUAGUGGCAGUCAGACAAGUUGCAGUGUGACAGAAGGGUUACAGGACAGUGAUGACUGCCAGACCCAAGAACCCACUAUUGGAGGACAGGAGUGGAACAGACAUCAGACAAGGGAGACAGCGGUUCAACAGCAGGACCAGAGUAAUCUGCAGGCAAGAGAAUCAAAAAAUCAUGGUCAGGAGUCCACUCAGCUUGGAGAAGCAGGCCAGGCUCAGGGAGGAAAGCGAGGCCUCACUGCCCGGGGCCUCUACUCCUACUUCAAAGGUAACAAGCAAUGAACAUGAGCUCUUCGAUUCCCAAUGCCCAGGAAUAAGAGCUGCACAACUGGGGAGGCAUUGGACAGUCCUACCUUUCUUGGUCAGAUCAGCCUAUUAUCAGUCUAUAAUCCAGCUGCUUUCCAGCUGGGUCAUGAGUAGACCCUUUCUUCAAGUUGCUUUGUGUCCCCAAACCCUUCCCUGUCCUUCUACCCAUCCUUUGUCAGAAGAAGCAAGGGUACUUGGGCCAAACAUGGCAGGCACUAGCCCCUUCUAUUUGGUUCCCUUCAUCUUGUCCUCAAGCUCAAGUCCUCACUUUGAACUUUGCCAUCCUAUGCUACUAGACUCUACCUUCUAAUGCAUCAAUAAAAAAACUCUUCAGAA